AUGGACUUACAUGUUUCAUUCAUCCUUCUACUUGGACUUGUGACGAGAUCGGUCCUGAGUGAACCCGUCACCUUCGUUGUCCCUGGACAUUAUGAUAUUGCCUACCAGAUCUUGGAAACCGAUGCGACUUACAUCCAGAUCACUGCAUCAAACGACGUUGGAUGGGUUUCACUUGCCCAGGAACAAAACAGCUGGAAUUCCAGCAGCUUGAUCGCCCCAAACACAAUAUUUGUAUCGUUGAAAGAACAAUAUCCUACGAAGGCUGGCUCUGACCUCCCUAAUUGUCAACCCAUUCCGGGGCACCCUUCUGUCGAUGGUGGAGCAGUGCAGGCGGCAAUCCGUUGCGAUGACUACCCUAUCCUGGAUAGACUGGACACUUUCAUCUGGGCCUACGAAGGGGAUGGUACCGUAUAUUCUGGCCCGAUGCCAGUGAUUGAAGGCCACGAUCCGGAAAAUGGUGCCACGACUGGACGUGACGGUCUGCGGCUGGUGAUGCGAUCAACCGCCUCUCAGUCGGCAGAAACAUCCACUGUGCCUUCUCAAUCCCCAUCUUCAGCUGCUGACAUGGCUGCGUUGAUGGCAAAGUACGACAGAUUGAUGAAAAUCAGAACUGCCCACGGAUCGAUUAUGUCGAUUAUUUUUGUUUUGCUGUUUCCAACAUUUGCGAGUCUCAUUCAUUUACUCCCAUCGUCCAAGCCAGUCGUGAAAAUCCACGCUGCCCUGCAAGCCAUGACAGCAACUCUCGCGGUAGUUGGCUUUGGGCUUGGUAUAUACCUCAACCAACAAAUCACCAUACAGGGAAAACAUCAUCAGGUCAUCGGUGCCAUUGUCAUUGUCCUUCUUGUGGUCGUUCAGCCCAUCCUCGGAAUCCGUCAACACAUGUUAUUCCGCCGAACACAACGGAAGACUUGGUGGGCCUAUGCACACCGCUGGCAGGGUCGCAUUAUGCUUGGUCUGGGGGUUGUCAAUGGUGGUAUAGGAUACAACCUUAGCGGGUCUGGCGGCUCUGGUGCUCUUAUCGGCUACGGAGUGGUGGCUGGCCUUGUCUACACCUCUUACUUUGGGCUCAUAGCCUUUAAGGCAUUCAGACAGCGAAAAGCCUCCCGGGGAGAUAAGGCUACGGAAGGGGCGGGCCGUACAGAUACGGAAGAGCAUACUCUGACGGAGAUACCUGCGCACAAUUGA